UCUCAAUUGGCAGUGGACCUAGCCAGAGCUCCCUGAGACGUGGCAGCAGCUUGCCAUUCACACACGGGGACGCUACCCACAUCCACAUUUCCCCCCGACCAACUCCUACCGGCCCCUGCUAUCGCAUUCAUUCUACACCAGUCCAUCCCGUCAGCCUGGCCCUGCGUGAGCAAGCUCAAGUCUGUUCACCAAAGGAAGAGAAGCCCUCCCCCCAUGUUGGCUUGUCUGCCGCCGACAUUCGCCCCACCGCCCUGAACUCGAAUCCUCGACGACCGGUUGUCCCCUUCUGGACGCGACCCCGACACCGAUAGCAUCUGCCCACCAUGAGGCUCGACGUCAAGCGGCAGCUCUUUGCCCGGAGCGAGCGCGUCAAGGGCAUCGACUUCCACCCGACAGAGCCAUGGAUCCUCACAACCCUCUACAGCGGCCACGUAUACAUUUGGAGCUACGAGACGCAGGCCAUCGUCAAGACAUUCGAGUUGACAGACGUACCCGUGCGUGCCGGUCGGUUCAUUGCGCGCAAGAACUGGAUCGUGUGCGGCAGCGACGACUUCCAACUACGAGUCCACAACUACAACACAUCAGAAAAGGUCGCCAGCUUCGAGGCUCACCCUGACUACAUCCGCGCCAUAUGCGUCCACCCAACACAGCCCUUUGUCUUGACGGCCAGUGAUGACAUGACCAUCAAGCUGUGGAACUGGGACCUCGGGUGGAAGUGCCAGCAGACCUUCGAGGGACACUCCCAUUAUGUCAUGUCGCUGGCAAUCAACCCCAAGGAUACAAACACGUUCGCGUCAGCCUGUCUGGACAGGACAGUCAAGAUCUGGUCCCUCGGGUCUUCGACGGCCAACUUCACCCUCGAAGCACACGAGCAAAAGGGCGUCAACCACGUCGACUACUACCCACAUUCCGACAAGCCAUACCUCCUUACCACUAGCGACGACCGGACGGUCAAGAUCUGGGACUACACGACCAAGUCUCUCAUUGCGACGCUUGAGGGCCACACGAACAACGUUAGCUUUGCAUGCUAUCACCCUGAGCUCCCCGUCAUCAUUUCCGGCUCGGAAGACGGAACCCUGCGAAUAUGGCACGCAGCCACCUACCGAUUUGAGCAGAGCCUGAACUACGGUCUGGAGCGGGCUUGGUGUGUCAGUUACCAGCGGGGCAAGCAGAGUGUCGCUGUCGGGUAUGACGAAGGAUCGGUCGUUGUCAAGCUGGGCCGCGAGGAGCCCGCCGUCUCCAUGGACGGCUCCGGCAAGCUGAUCUGGGCCAAACACAACGAGGUGGUGUCGGCUAUCAUCAAGGGCGGCGAGGCCACCAAGGACAAUGUGCCGAUCAACCUCACCACCAAGGAUCUGGGCAGCUGCGAAGUCUAUCCAUCCACCCUCUCACAUUCAGCCAACGGUCGGUUCGUCGCGGUCUGCGGCGACGGUGAAUUCAUUGUCUACACCGCGCUCGCGUGGCGCAACAAGCAGUUCGGCUCGGCGUUGGACUUCGUCUGGGCCUCCAAGGAAAACUCAAAUGACUUUGCCAUCCGUGAGUCACCGACCAGCGUCAAGCUGUUCAAGAACUUUGUCGAGAAGCAAGGCGGUCUGGAUGUUGGUUUCCAGGCGGACGGCCUGGCCGGGGGAGUCCUCCUCGGUGUCAAGGGACAGGGAGGCAUCAGCUUCUUUGACUGGGCGACUGGUGGCCUAGUAAGACGGAUCGAGGUCGAGCCGCGCGAAGUCUACUGGAGUGAGAGCGGGGAGCUGGUCGCGCUGGCCUGCGACGACACCUGCUACAUCCUGCGCUUUAGUCGCGAGGCAUACCAGGAGGGUUUGCAGUCCGGCCAGGUCGAGGACGAUGGUGUGGAGGCCGCCUUCGAGGUCAUCACCGAUAUCAGCGAGAGCGUGAGAACCGGCGAGUGGGUCGGCGACUGCUUCCUGUUCACCAACUCCACCAACCGCCUGAACUACCUUGUUGGCGACCAAACCUACACGGUGUCACAUUUCGACCAACCCAUGUACAUCCUUGGUUACAUACAGCGCGACUCCCGCAUCUACCUCUGCAACAAGGAUGUUGCUAUCACAUCCUUCGCCCUGUCACUGCCCGUGCUGGAGUACCAGACUCUCGUCCUCCGGGAGGAGCUCGAGGCCGCCCAGGAGCUGCUCGCCGCAAUUCCAGAGGGCGAGCUCAACAAGGUCGCCCGAUUCCUGGACGGCCAGGGCCACAAGGAGCUAGCCUUGGAUGUUGCCACGGACCCCGAGCACAAGUUCGAGCUUGCUCUUGCGCUGAGCCGACUGGACAUCGCGCUCGACCUCGCCAAGCAGGCCGAUGUUGAGCACCGAUGGAAGACUGUGGGUGACGCCGCCCUCUCUGCCUGGGACGUUUCUCUGGCGGCAGAGUGCUUCACACAUGCCAACGAUCUCGGCUCUCUGCUCCUCGUUUACUCAUCAACCGCCGACCGCGACGGCCUGACAUCCCUGGCGAGCAAGGCCGAAGAAGCUGGCGCUCACAAUGUUGCUUUCUCCGCGAAAUGGCUCCUUGCAGAUGUCGAGGGCUGUGUGAACAUCCUAGUGAAGACCGAACGUCUCGCCGAGGCCGUCCUUUUCUCACAGACUUACAAGCCCAGUUUGACUGCGGAUGUGGUCAAGAAGUGGAAAGAGUCCCUGGAAAAGGGCAAGAAGAGCCGUGUUGCGAAGACCAUUGGAGCUCCUGGCGCUGAGGGCGACGAGGAGCUGUUUCCCGAGUGGGACGAGUGGCUGCGCCUGGAGAAGGAGGGCGGCACAGCUGCCGAUGUGGAUGUCGAGAUGGAGAACGGCAGCCCGGCUGCUGAGACUGGAGAGGAAGAGGCCGCCGAGGGGGCGGAGGAGGUUGCGGAUGAUGUUGCGGACGCGGAUGAGGAAGAGUAGUGCACUAUCUCACCAUAAAGAAGGGGUCUGUGGUCAGAGCACGUCGUACGAUGAGAUGUAGGUUCUCGCGCCGCCAGCCUGGAGUUACAAUGACGACGGCACUCGAGGGAGUUCGGGCGCGGGGUGAACUGAAGCGGAUCCAGUCAGGCUUAGAGGAGUUUGAGUGGAUAACACAACGCGAUUCCGAGGGGAAAGGACGUAUUAAAGAAAAGUUGUAGAGACUACCUACCUAGGGAGGUAGCCAGCACAAGUAGGUUUAGCCACGGAUGCAAUCUGCAUUGCUACAGGUGGUUAUGAUGAGCACCACUCAGCCAUGGUUCAACGCGCUCAUGUCAAGCCUUUUAAUACACAAAUAUAUCAUGACAA